AUGACGGAUAAGCUUCUUCACACUGAAGAUCGAGAUGCGAGGCGCAUAUCCCACCAGGAUGAGACCGGGGUGCAAAUUUCAAGGAUCCAGACGUUAGCAGCUAAGGUUCCUGCCACACCGGCAGGGCAACUACAAGCGUUUACGGACGCGGCGACACAGCCACAUCCUCUCUACCCCCAGGCUCUUCCUCGCUCAUGCCCGCUCAUUAAAUUCGGACUUCCACAUCCCAUGACUUCGAGGUCCUCCUUUAAUCCCACCGAGACGAUUGCCCUGCAAUCGCCCACCUACUCUGUGGACUAUUCCCCCAAGCUCGGGCCUUCGAGAGACCCCGAGGCUCCCACGAAACGCUGGUAUCACUAUGUCCCGUUAUGCUGUGAGAAAGCUUCCGAGCCCAAAAUUCUAUAUUUACCGCGCCCAGGUGCAAUACUGCUCAUCACCGCUCCGCUGCCAUCGUGGUUGUAUGUACUCGUGAACUAUCACCUCCAGACCCUGCACCGACCCGACCUGGUCGUCAUCCAUGUCCUCGCCACGUCCACGCUCCUGUUCAUGAUCUUCUCCGCGCUCAUCGUGUGCGUCGCCCGGGAUCCGGGCCCCGUCACCUUCGAGCUACAAGAGGACGAGAGCAUGGAGUCGCUCAUCAAUUCACGCGACGAGUUUUCCGGCCCGGGGAAGUGGUGUCGCAAGUGCUGGGGUCCGAAACCAGAGCGUACCCACCACUGUAGCAUUUGCGGCCGAUGUGUGCUGAAAAUGGAUCAUCAUUGUCCAUGGCUCGGUGGAAAGUGUAUCGGUCACCGGACCUACCCCGCAUUCUUGCAUUUCCUCCUCUGUAUCACGCUUAUUGGUUCGUACAUGAGUGUCGUCUGCGCUUUCACCGCGUGGCACUCUAUCAGCAAUCCAUAUGCUGUGGACGAUGUAAUGCCCCUUCACGCCUUAUUUGUCGCGCUCUAUGCGCUCGUGUUCGCCCUUGUGAUUGGCUCGUUCUACUUCUAUCAUCUGUACCUCAUAAUUAUCAACCAAACAACCAUCGAGAACCUCUCGCCGUUCUUGAUACUGCGCGAUCUCCCGCCGCUGCCGGGCACCGGCCACGACCUGUCGGAUCCACCAUUGGAGCCGGAGCUGUCGCGGGCGCAGCGGUUCAUCGUGCGCAACGCGCACGGAUACAUCCACCUCUACGAUAUCGGGUGGAGGAACAAUCUGUGGCAGGUUUUCGGCUGGAACCGGCCGUAUGGCUGGGUCAUCCGGCUGUGGUGUGGGGGCUCUGCCCCCGGCGACGGAAGGAGUUUCCCGCGGAAUCCGAAAUCGGAAGAGCUUCUCGGACGUUUGGCAACGGAGUUGGUCAAGGCGGGCGACCAUCGGUGAGCCCGGGAUCUACGGACUUAUAUAAGCUACUUCCCCUACUUAUUCAUCGAUGCCUACAUGCCGGGGUCACGAUGUUUUGCGUCCACGUGCCCUCAGGUCCAGCGACUUGCGAGCUGACAUUUCACCGAAUGGGACCUACUCAGGCGGUACUCAGCCCCAAGGCUCCGAGGCGUACAAUAGCUCCGACCCCUGCUGUCCUACGGCACAUCCUGCUCUGCCAUGAUCAGCGACGUAACCAUCUCCAACGAAGCUCGCCAGUGGACCCAAGACGGGAAUUGCUGAUGCGUAUGACGCGCCCACAGCUUUGAUAGUGAUGGACGGUUGCGCAUAUAACAGUCGCACAACCAGUGUUGUUCCCCUGCUUCGUUCUCUUCAUCUUCUCGCCCCCCUCUUGAUUAUCUCUUCUCAGUCGACUCGUUAUGUUUCUUGCAAAGUCUUCCAAGGUUUUGGCAUUGACUGCCAUCUCCCAACUCGCUUUUGUCGCAGCUGCUCCUGCACUCAUCACUGUCGUGGCCAACCCAUUCGCAAUCGCGUCUGAUCUUACGGGGCCGGUGUCUGCUUCCAUCGGCGGCGUCGACUCGGCGGGACACACAACUUAUCUAUACGCUGAACCGGUCCUCGAAGGCCUCUCGGGAUCGGCGUCGAGCACUAUCGGCAGUGUAACCCAAACACUCGUCGAGGGAACAGACUACCUCUCGUACGGUCUCUCCGCCAGCGUCCCAGGCCUCGAUAUCGCCGUCUCGUUCGACGGCGCGCUGAGCGGCGACAACUUCAUCGUCUCGGGCACCGACUCGGCGGGCGCGGCGACCACGACGACUGUCUCGAAUGUGGGAUUCAUGACGCUCGACGUGCCGGCGCUUCCCGCGGCGACGGCCAGUGCGCCCGCACCCACGCAGUCGCAUAAAAGCGCGGCUGCGCGUGUCCACCCGGCUCUAGGUGUGGGCAUGGCUGUGAUGGGCGUCUUCGCUGGGGCCUGCGCGUUGGUCUGAGGUUCGGAUUUGAGGUAGCGGUGUUGUAAAUAUGUAUCGCUGCUCAGUUGUAGUCCGGGCGGGCUUGUUCCUGUGCUCUCAAUGUAUGACAAUGGCAGAGUCGAUAUAGAUCGCGCGUGAUCACCAAGUCGACAGUGCGUGCGUUUGGCAUCAUAGAUUUGGAUCCUGUUUGGCUUCAUCAAAGUCACUUCUCCCUUUCUCGCACAACGCAACCCCCCCCCCCCCCC